AUGUCGACAGUCACAUUCGAGAAUGUCUUUCAUGGCGAUUCGUCCGAUUUGGGCAAACUCCGCUUCAACGCAGCCGGAUUCGGCUGGAAAUCAUACACCUCCGAAUCGGCCGAACCCCUCACCUUCUCCGGAGGGGACGUGAGGGCGGCGGCAUGGAUGCGGGUGGCGAGGGGGUUUCAGGUCAGGUUUGGGAUGCGCCAGGCGCAGGGGCAGGGGCAAGGGCAGGGGCAGGGGCAGGAGGGGGGGAAAGUGACGUUUGAGGGGUUUAAGCGGGAUGACCUCGAUAAGAUCAAGCGGACGCUAGACGAGUUCUUCUCUGUCAAGCUUGAGAUUCGGGAUAUCAGUUUGAAGGGAUGGAAUUGGGGAGAACUCCAAGUGCAGGGCAACGAUAUCCAAUUCCAAGUCCAGACUCGCCCAACUUUCGAAAUCCCCCUCUCGGUCAUCUCCAACUCCAACAUUGCCGGCAAGAACGAGGUUGCGCUAGAAUUCACCCCGGUCCCUAUCACAAUCGCCGAGAACGAUCUCAAGACGCGCCAGCCGGACGAGCUCGUCGAGAUGCGUUUCUACGUGCCCGGGAAGAGCACGUCGUCGUCCAAGGGGCAAGGGCAAGGGCAAGGGCAGGGCCGGGCCAAGAAGGAGGAAGGCGAGGAGGAUGAGGACGAGGACGAAGAGGAGGAUGAGGAAGAGGUGGAAUUGGAUGAAGAGGGGAAUGAGGUGACGGCUGCCGAGGCGCUGCAUCGUAAGAUUUCGGAGAGGGCGGAUAUUGGGGGCAAUGUGGGAGAUAAUAUCGUGACGUUUGAAGAGGUGCUGGUGCUCACGCCAAGAGGCCGAUUCUCUAUUGAAUUCUUCCUCGACUCGCUCCGCCUCGUAGGCAAAUCAACCGACUACCGAUUACCGUUCACAUCGAUCCACCGGAUUUUCCUUAUCCCCAAAGUGGACGAUCUGCACGUGCAGCUCGUACUCGGCCUGGACCCGCCGAUUCGGCAGGGCGCGACAAGGUAUCCGUUCUUGGUGGCUCAGUGGCCGAAGGAUGAGGAGGUGGAUGCGGAGUUGAAUUUGGAAGAGGAAGAGCUGGAAAAGUACCCCGGCCUGUCGAGAAAAUACGAAAGCCCGACAUUCCAGGUCAUCUCGCUCGUCCUCAAGGCAUUGACGGGGAAGAAGAUUACCCCGCCGAGUUCAUACCGAACCGCCCAAGGCCUCUCCGGCGUCAAAGCCAACGUCAAAGCCGUCCAAGGCGAGCUCUAUUUCCUCGAAAAGGGUCUCAUCUUCAUCGCCAAGCAACCCAUCCUCAUCGAUUUCUCCAAAACCGAGUCCAUCUCCUUCUCGCGCGUCGGCGGCGGCGUCGCCUCGGCCCGGACGUUCGACAUGCGCGUCGCCCCCAAGUCGGGCGGAGCGGACCACGUCUUUUCCGCCAUCUCGAAAGAAGAGGUGGAUGGCAUUUCGGCGUUCCUGGGGGGCAAGAAUGUGAGGCUGAAGAAUGAGAUGGAGGAGCCUGAUUUGGGGGAUGUGGAUAUGGAGGAGGAGGUCGAGGGGCUUAGUGAUGAGGAUAUGAGCGAUGCGAGUAUACCGAGUGAGGAUGAGCGGGGGAAGGGCAAGGGUAAGGGGAAGGGCAAGGGGGAGAAGGGACGGGCAGAGAAGCCUAAGAAGGCGAAUGAUGAUGAUGAUGAGUCGGAUGAUGAAGACUUCCACGGGUCUUCAUCGGACGGCGGAUCGCCCUCUGAAUCAUCCUCCAAUUCGGACGCUGGGAGCGAUGCGGGCGGAGGUGAAUCCGACGCGUCCGAUCCGAUGAUGGAGGAGAUUGCGAAAAAGGCGGCGGCCAAGAAGAAGGCGGCCAAGGCGGCUGGUGCUGGUGCUGCCGAUGAGGAGGGCAGUAAAAGGAAGAACAAGACGACAAAGACAAAGAAGGGGAGUGUUAGUGGGAGUGGAAGUGAGGCGGAGGAGAGGCCAAAGAAGAAGAAGAGUAAGAAGGAUUAA